AUGACGACGUUGAAAACCUGCCGAAAGUUGGCCUACAUCACCGCUUACGCUGGUCCGCUGUCCCCUCUCUCCGAUGCCGAGUGUCCGACAUUCACCGUUCCACCGCCGACCCAAGCAUCGUUAAUCCGAGGCAUCACACGUCACCUCGCAGGCCGGCAUGCAAACGAGCGGAAUGGAAGAGAUGCCAAGUCUCCGAACAACCCGUGUAUCCGGCGAUCACUCCUGUCCACGGUCAUCUGCCACAUCAAUACACAAGGUUGUGAGGCUUGCUGGGUGACGAUCUUUGAGUGGUGUCUCGUUUUCUUGAUCUUGCUAGUGGGCGGCGCGAAAUUUUUACUUCUACACUCGCUACCCGAAAAGGCUUUAAGUAUGAUCCUUACCUGCAUGAAAGUAACGGUAAAGAACCUCUCAGGAGAAAUGGGCGCCCGCAAGCGGAUUGCGGUACUCCUUGGUCGAGAAAACCAGAUGUUAGAUGACUUGAAAAGAGAUCUUGGCCCGUUGUCGAUUGUUUCAGAGGAUUCGACCUCAAGCGGCAUGAUGGUUAUGUCCGAGGAGCCACAGUUGAGAGCUACACCCAUGCAGAGGCCUGGCAAAACCAAGGCGCCUGGCAAGCCAUGUAGUUUCUCGACUGCUGGAGAAACAAGAAGUAAAUCAUAUCGAUCUCCGUUAAGUCCGAAGCUCUUGGAGACGGCUAACAAAAGCCUUUAUUCUAUUCGUCUGACAACGAUUUCUGAACAAAAUACAAUUGAGAAUUCUUUAUUUAAUGUCAGCUGUCUUUCUCCUCGUGAACAGAAAUUACUCGAACUUCUCAACUUGUACAUUGGGGAGUGGAAGAUGCCGCCAGCUCCUGCAAACCACUUCCAUUUUCUACGAGUUUCGAUGGGGAAGAAAAACCCAUCUGACUUCGGAAGAUGGUACUUCUAUUGGGACUUACUUGACAAGCAGUGCCACACUUAUAAUGGUGUGAGUCAAUGUCAAAACUACAAGAAUUUGAUGUCCACAGAGCUCACAGAUGACGAACGUAAAUUGAUUCGUCAUGAGCUCAACACCUGGGACGCUAAGAAGUCAAAAUCAAAGAAGAUCAAUUGCAAAAUCAUUGAUAUGAUUAAAGGAGAGAUCCGAAACAUACCUUCCUCCUCCCAAGCCGUCCCAGACUACGAUUCAGAUAGCGAAGUCGAAAUCAUCAAUUUCCAAAGUGUACCUUCGUCAUCUCAAACUCUUCUCGACAGGGAGUUGACCAUUUCCAACUCAGAUGUUGAGGAAAUACCUAAAGCUCAUGAUGGCAUAGACGUUCUGCUCAUCCUAUAUGUUGCGGCAAAUGACGCACACUUCCGUUGGUAUUCCCCCCUGCAUGAUGGAGCAUUCAGCCCAUUUUCCGAUUUCGCACUGCGAGAGGCGCUUGGCUUCCCAGACAACAGAUAUGCAAUAUAUGAUACUUACCUCAAGGAAUUUGUACAUUUGCCGUCUUAUUGUAGCUUCCAAGUUCAGGCCGGCGAAUUCUUCAUUCUUCGACAGCUGGAUCUUACUGACAAGGAUUGUCCGGAUGUCACCAAUUUCAUUCACAAGAGUGACAAAUUUUCUUCUUCCAGGCUUACGGCAGGAGCUGCAUCACAGGAUUUGAAAGGAAAAUGCAAGGCACAAGAUGAGCAGGAUGAUAUUGUGAAGGAAUCUAAGCGCAUGAAGAGGGAUUGUGUUUUAAUGGGUGGACCUCUUGGAAGUUCCUUUAUACUUGAAAUUUUCGUUGGCUAUGCUCCAUCACCAUUCCCAGCAACAUGCCCACUCAUUGAUCACACAUCAUGGGGUCAAGAUCCAAGAACAACAAAUGAACAUGUCUCGCAUGGACCAUUGAUCAAACUUCAAGGCAUGAAGCCAAGUUCCCUUCCUUUUCACCAUGUCGUCAAAGGGGAUUUCGCCUCAAACUACAAGAAGCUUGCACAUCAGCUAGAACAAGGACAUUUUGACGGUCUAAGCCACAAUCCGCCUUGCCCUUAUGCAUCCCUCAAGAAUGCGACACACCCCACCUCUAUGCCAUCGACAAUGCCGCUGAAUUUCGGGGAUAGUACGCUGGAGCUGGAUGACAUGCCGGAGUUGGAGGAAGUUUUAGGAUUGGAGGUCAUGGCUAUGGCCGUGGCCCUGCCAAUCAUGCCUCACCAGAGCAGUCUCGGUACCACCGACAAUUCGAGAGUUGGAAACGCGCUCAUUGACCAACAUGCAGCCAAGUCACGUAAGAAGAACCGUGCCCCCUUCCCUUGGUCUGAAGAGCAGCGUGCUUGGAUGAAAGGUCAUGUUGACCCUUACCUUGAGCUCGACCCGAAGAAAUGCGACAUGUGGUCCAAGCAGAAAGUGGAGGAUCUUGUCAACAAGUGGCGGUUCGCCAAUGCUGGAGACGCUCGUCAGUGCUUCAUCAAAUACCUUCAGAAUGCUCUAGCCCGCUCGAGGACGUCUCAGAAGCAACCACCCAUCAUCAAGUUUCCCAGAAAGCGUGCGGAGAAUGCAGCUGACUUGUGGGCCAAGGCUCCGGAGAACAAGAUACUCCUCGACACCGCUGUUGCAGAGAAACGUGGGGAUGCAUCGACCAAGAACAAUGUUGGCAUCCGAUCCACACUGAAAGCAGCAAUGUUCAAAGCGCUAUCUUCUAAAGAGCAGGAGCAAUGGGAGAAGAAGGCAUCAGAGCUGAAGGAAGUCUCUGCUGAAGAUAAAGUCGAGUCUAUCUGGGAGAACCAGGAAAUUAUGGCAGAUACUCUUGUUGCCACCCUUGAGGGUUCAAUUGGUAUGGGCAAAAAUCAAGUUGGGGAUGCGACGUACCACGUCCAGAUGGCGUAUCUUGAUAAAGAGGGUAACAUUCAAUCGACAAGUAUUUGUUGUGGCAUCAUGCUCGACGACAAAGCAUUCAAAGAUGUCAAGCCCGAAACAUACACAAGUCUUAGCAAGGCCUGGAUCAAGUACGCAACCGAGGCGUUGUUCCUUUUCUCAGAAAACGACCUACAUGCGCGCCCCAAUAAUGAGUUCGCCAUCACACUUGCCAAAGACUCGACUGGAAAUCCCAUCCUCCCACACAAUACUUUCCAUUCCUCCACUGAUUCCUACUGGAAUCCCUAG